AUGACAUGACACUGAUGGACGAGGCACAACGCGUGGCACGGGGCGAUUUAUCAACUGUUGUGUAGAAUUAUCAUUACAAUAUCGUGUAAAAUUGGCUUGAAGAAGAAAUCAGCAAUAUAGAAGCACGCCUCCAGAUUUCCUUACUUGUCAUGGCUAGUUCACAAAGUGAAAUAGGCGCAAUUUCAAAGAAAAAGAAAAGGCCCAGAAGAAAAUACAAAGAGGGACACUUCAACUUGUGCCACAUGCCAUGCACGUUGUCGGAUAAUCUCCUUUCUCUCCCUGAUCGGGGUCGGCGAAAGCAUAAUUUUAGGCAGACUAAAACAGUAAUCAGUGACCGACAAGACCGAGACACAGAUAGUUUCCAGAGCACAGAUAGUGAUGCAGAUGUAUCUGGUGUUGAUUCUGACAUCGACAUGUAUGGCAUUGGUCGUGUUGGUUCUGCCAGCCAUCAUGAUCAUGAUGGUGAUGCGUUCGCUUUGGGCCUCGGGCCCAGUAGUAGGUCUAACCCAUUGCCUCCUUCGACUUCAGCUUCGAUAACAUGGGACUCCAGUUCCGAUAGCAUGGAAGAAGAUCCAUCAAAUCUCUCAAGUGCAAAAAUACGACAUCAACCUAUCCAUGAACUUGAUGAAGUACAUGUACAUAUAAGUGAUGGUGAUUGUGGUCAAACUCGAAGGAAUGGAAAGCUGGAUAAAAUGCCUUUACUUUCCAGGUCAUCAGAUGAUGACUCAAAUAGCUCAACCCAACAGAACCCCAACAGUGGAGACAACACAGAGAGUGAAGAGGAUGCCCUCGUCGAAUCUAGUCCAUUAGAUGAGGAUGAUCAGCUUAACCGCCAUGACCUGCUCGUACAUUCUAGCUCAUCAGAUGACGACACAAAUAGCUCAACCCAACAGAACCCCAACAGUGGAGACAACACAGAGAGUGAAGAGGAUGCCCUUGAGUCUAGUCCAUUAGAUUCUGAUCAGCCUGACCAUGACCUGGAUGGUCUGCUGUAUCCAGAUGCUCAAGUGACAAAGAAGGAGAGUCUGCUGCUCAUUAUGGCCCAUUGUCUUCGGCAUGGAUUGACACAUGAAGGUCUAAGCAGUCUGUUGCAGCUGCUCCAGUUUCAUUUGCCAAGGGACACCUUCUUUCCGGUCUCCAAGUAUCUUUUUAACAAACAUUUUGAAGGUUUUUGUGGCCCUCUUGAUUGUCAUGUAUACUGUGGUUCAUGUCAAGGUUAUGUUGGGACAGACGGCAGACCUUGUUCUGACUGUGGGAAAGUCAUCCACUAUGAUGACAGUAUCACCUCUGGUAACUACUUCAUUAUUUUUAGCAUUUCCCAACAGAUUAAGAUACUUCUAGAAGAUCCGCAAAUUCAAAAUAAACUCUCCAAAAGUAGUGAUAAUGUACACAGUGGCCUCUGUUACCAACAGCUUCCAAUGGGAGAGGGUGACCUCAGUGUUACUUGGGGAUCGGAUGGAGCAGCAGUCUUCAGUUCCUCAAAUUUCUCCAUUUGGCCUCUUCAAUUGAUGAUCAAUGAACUGCCCUAUGCAGUUAGAAGGAAGCACAUUUUGUUGGGUGGCCUUUGGUUUGGAAGUGGGAAGCCAAGGUUUGACUCAUUUCUGAAGCCAGUUAUCCAAGAAAUGAACAUAAUGAGUAGUAAAGGAGUGUCUUGGGUAGAUGCAGGCUUAAAUCCUAGAAACAGUAAGGUGUUUCCCGGGCCACUUACAUGUGAUAGCGUGGCCAGAUGCCAACUGCAGAACAUCAUGCAGUUCAAUGGCAAAUACGGCUGUUCAUGGUGUCUCCAUCCAGGUGAACAAGUUGAAAAGGGUAGAGGACACGCAAAUGUGUACCCUCUGACUAACUUGGAAGAACUACCCAGGCAAAGGGACGAAAGGGCUUUCAAACAAGACUGUCAUUUGGCAGUUGAAACAAACACAACUGUCAAUGGCGUGAAAGGGCCAUCCAUCAUUUUGUUAUUAUUUCACUUUAACAUCAUCUCGGGCUUUGUUGUUGAUUAUAUGCAUACAGUUUGUCUUGGUGUAGUCAGAGCAUUGACAUUUCUAUGGCUAGAGAAUACAGAGAAGCCAUGUUAUAUUGGCAAUUGUUUGUCUAUGUUGAAUGAACGACUUAGCCACAUCAGACCUCCUGCAGAAGUCAUGCGUAUUGCAAGAUCGCUCUCUAACAGAAGAUACUGGAAGGCCCAUGAAUGGAGAGCCUGGCUUCUGCACUACUCACCAUCAGUUCUUAAACAUGUACUUCCUUUUACAUACUAUGCACAUUGGAUGACCUUGGUCACUGCAGUGUAUAUUUUGUCGAAAAACUGUGUGGACCAUACAAUGAUAAAUCAAGCAGAGGUUCUCCUAGUAAAAUUUGUUCUUGAGUUUGAAGAUCUGUACGGUAAAGAAUACAUGACAUAUAAUGUCCAUCAGCUCAUUCACAUGGCCGAUUCUGUUAGGAACUGGGGUCCACUAUGGUCAAUAUCUUGUUAUGCUUUCGAAAGUAUGAAUCACAAACUUGGUAAAAUGAUUUCAGGUACUCAGUACGUACAAGUUCAAAUUUCUAAGAAGUUUUUGCUGAGCAGAAUACUCCCUCAUAUUGCGCUGGACUGUUUUCAGGAAAGUGAAUCGCAGAGGAAUUUCUUUGAAUCAAGUAUCAAUCACUUUCCAUUGUCAAAGUCUAUUCAAAGAGAUGUCUCUGGCAUUUUGCUUAGAGGUGCACCCAAACUGCUUCGGCUUGGCAACAAUGAAGGCAAUUUGCUACAACAAUUAGGAUAUACCUGUGAAACUGUACUUUGUUAUAGUAGGGUCUCUAUACGAGGUGUAACUAUUACAACUGAUACACACACCCAUAAACGAAGGAAGCGAAUAGACUGCUACAUCAGCUUAAAAAAUGGCACGGUUGCAGUUGUAAAAAGAAUCAUCUUGGUAUGUUUAUCGUGUAAUGAGAUAAACUCAUGCAGCUGUGAGAAAACAUGCAUGCUAUAUGUGUCUGUUCUCAAAAUAAGAAGUAUUUUUGUUGUGGACAGGCAAAGAUCUAUAACACAUGGCGGAUUACAUAGUGUAAAAGGUCAUAAAGAAUACAGGUUAUGUUCAUUAACUGAGUUUGAGAGCAAAGUUGCUUUUAUUGACACUGGUAAAGAUGAAGUACUGUCAAUUCUUCCCAACAUUGUUGAUCAGGACUAAAUGCUUGUAACCUGAGAUCCUUGGGAACAAUUCUGGCAAAUGUUUAACUUGAUGUACUGAAGUGUGUGUUUGUGUUAUGUUCACUAUCAUAGGGCGAGUCUGAAAUUUUGGUCUUAGGUUUUCUUGGGAUGGGAUUAUUAAAUAAUCUUUUCAAAACAUGAAUAUGUUGAGGAUUAAAAAACACAAUUUCUAUUCACAAAAUUUAAUGUGGACUGUG